UCGCCGCCGUCUGUUGCAGCGUUUGCGGCGCCUGGGAAGGCGACACCAGCGCCGGCGGUGGCGGCGUCGUCAGCAGAUAGGGAGCAGCAAGCGCAGGAUGAAGUGGUGGCGGCCGCCAACGCCUUCUCAGUGCGCCUCUACCAGGCGGUGGCGGCGGAAGGCGGCAACGUGGUGAUCUCGCCGGUGAGCGCGGCGGUGCUGCUGGCGCUCACCCGCCACGGGGCCAGGGGCGUCACGGAGCAGCAGCUCACGCACGCCCUGCAGCUCAGCCCCGACCUGCAGGCCACGGCGGCAGGCUACAAGGCACUGCUGGACACGCUGCAGCACUCCAGCGGCAAGGCCACCCUGCGCUCCGCCAACAUGCUCUUCGCCGAGAGGAACUUCCGCCUCCAGGACGGCUUCCGGCGCGUGGCCACCGGAAGCUACAAAGCCGGCGCCGGGGAGCUGGACUUCCGGAGCAACCCCGAAGGCUCCCGGGCCGUCAUUAAUCGGUGGACGGAGCAGUACACGGAGGGCAGAAUCAAGGAGCUCUUCGAGCCGGGAAUAAUCACAGAAGAGACCGUCCUGGUUCUUGCCAACGCAAUCUACUUCAAAGCCGGUUGGUUUAAGCCAUUUCAGACGGAGGACACACGGCUGCAACCCUUCUACGUGAGCGAUAGGUCUUUAAUUAAUGUGCCAACAAUGUUUGGCAUGUUCCAAAUGUACUAUGGAGAAAUACCGGCGCUGGACGCGAAGGCAGUGAAACUGGAGUACAAUGAAGACAACAUGGAUAUGACAAUUCUGGUGCCAAACACUCCAAGUGGUCUAUCGAGGUUGGAAGCUGGUUUGGGACAACUCAACCUUGCUGAUCUCACCCCUGAAUAUGCAGAAGUACACCUGUCCAUUCCUAAAUUUAAAAUUGAAUCGAAUCACCGACUUAAAGGCAAACUGGAACAGUUGGGGAUCGUUGAUGUAUUCACGUUGGCUGCGGAUCUAAGCAACAUGGCUGAUCCAGGCCUCUAUGUGAGCGACAUUGUUCAGAAGACAUUCAUUGGCGUCGACGAAAAUGGCACCGAGGCUGCAGUGGCCACAGGUCAGAAUUUCUUUUUACGAACCAGCUUUGCACGUAGAUAUGUUAAGGCUGAUCGCCCAUUCCUGUUUCUAAUCCAUCGCAAAAACGUCACUCUCUUCAUGGGACGUGUUGUCCAACCAGGCAGCUGAAAAAAGGCACUUUUGAAAGGAAUGGAAAUACUUGUUGUUAGAGAACAACACAUUCACUAGUCUUCAUUGUGUCAAACAUUAAAAAACUUAUUUUGUAAUUUUCCAUUAUUACAUACUCAUUAUAUUUAAAAUGUUUGUAUGUGUGUGAUGUCUUAAUGUUGUAUUGUAUGUAGUGGUUCUAUUUUUAAAUAAUUUUCAUUUUGAUAUGUACAAAAUAAUAGAAAUGUUAUGUUCAUUGCUUAACAUUUUUUUUCAAUAAAAUAAUACGAAAUAAACAAAAUAAUGAAUAAAUC